AUGCCUCCUCGAAAGUAUAUGUCUGGACAUGAUAAGCGGAUAAAGAAACAAAAAAUUGAAGAAUUCAAUCGAUCUCAAGCGGGAGCACUUGAAAAUUUUAUUACUUGUAGUAGAAAUACAUAUUCUAAUUUAGUUCAAGAUUCGGUGAAUGUUGAAAAUGAGCAACCUGAAAAUCAAGAAAGCGAGGAUUUGGUUAAUAAAAAUUUGAAUGAGAAUAGAAAUUCCAUUGAAGAAGGUGAAGAACAUGAUGAUUCCAAUGAGAAUAGAAAUUUGAAUGAGAAUAGCAAUGUAAAUGAACAUGAAGAAAAUAUAAAUGAACAUGAAGAUUUGUUGUUCAAAUAUGAUACAAACAAAAUUCAAUUGGCAAAUGAUGGAGUUAGAGACUGGAGAAAUCUCAGUGUCAGACUUAAAAGUCAUGAAACAAGUAGUGAACGCAUUGUUAACAAGAAGAGUUGGAUUGAAUUAGAGAUCAGAUUACGACAAAAUGCGACAAUCGAUAAAAGUGUUGAAGAACAAAUCAACAAAGAACGAGAACAUUGGAGAAAAGUACUAUUGAGAGUAGUUGUUGUUGUGAAAACACUUGCUAAAAAUAGUUUGGACAUUGGAGAAAAGUACUAUUGA